UCCACCAUCCUUUGAUCCACAUCUCGUAUUAUUCAUCUCGUAUACCGGUCACCAUGUCUUUCCUAUCUGGUGGCGCAGACUGUGGCCCUUCGAACCCGCUCAAUCAACUCCUUAAGCAGACCCAAUCCGAUCGAUCUCUACAGCAUGGUGAUCGCUUCGGCCAAGGUGGGCCUGGCUCGCAAUCGAAUGCCUUUCGCCAGGGUCAGGCCGGCCCAGCGGGUCAAGCAGAGCAGAUGGACCAAGCUUUCGCCCGCAAUCAACAGCAAGGACCUCUCUUUCAGCAAGGUGGUGGCGCUUCCUUCGACUUCGAGGCCAUGAGGAGGGAGAUGGAAAUGAUGAGGGCAAGUGGCGCUCCGCCACCCUCUACCGCCAACUGGGCCAAUGAGAUGUCCAUGAUGGGCGGAGGAGGCGGCAGUGGACUGCGACAAAGCGGUCCCAACCCGGCGCAGAGUCGUAUGAUGGGUCAUGACCCUACGAGCCAAGCAUGGCGCGAACAAUUCCAGCAGCAAGGUCCAGCCCCUGCCUCUGCCUCUACAGCUCCAUCUCACCAGAAUGGCUCGGCCAACUAUGCUUCGCGAAUGGGCGGAAGCGGUGGCAUGUAUUCGGGAGGUAUGAUGGGCUAUGGUGGCAUGGGAAUGAGUGGCUCUUAUGCGAAUCAGAUGAGUCAAAGCUCGCAGCGAAACCAAGCCGGAACCACUGCCAGCUCGGACAAGGGCAAGUCUCGCUUUGUCGAGCUCGACGAUGCUUCUUGGGAAGCUCAGUUCAAGGCACUAGAUGAAGCACAGAACGCAGCGACUCAAGACAAGGGCAAGGCCAAAGCUCAGGAUCCGAUCGUCGGCGAAGAGGAUCAAGAUGCGGCCGUGCGGAAUGCUUUGGAUGGAGUUCAAUCUGACAUCACUGCAGAGGGACGCGAAGCUGAUGCCCGCUUCCAAGAGCUUUGGAAUGCUAUGCAGAAUUCUACGGCUGGUGAUCGAGCCGAGGUUGACGAAGACCUGGCAAAGUGGGAGGAGGAGCUGAAUCGUCAGAGCGACGGAGUAGGGUAUCGUCAUCCGGGUGGAGGAAUUGCAGGUGGAGAUGGCGGCAUAUCUGAGACGGCCGGCUGGGAUGGUACGGAAGAUCACCUGCUGGAUGGUUAUGGCACUAUUGGCCCGGAUGGCUAUCCUCGCCUCGGUACCUACCGUCGCUCAACUCAGAACCCCUUCAUGCAGCAUCAGGAUCCUCUAUCCGAAGGUCUACGACUCCUCGCCUCUGGUGGCUCUCUCACUGAUGCCACUCUGGCACUUGAAGCUGCCACCGUCAAGCCACAGACGGGCGGAUCGGGUGGCGAGGCCGGGGAAGUUGAUCGUGAGAGACGAUCGAGGAGUGAGGCUUGGAGGAAGCUAGGAGAAGCCCAAGCCAUGAACGAGCGCGAGAGUCAGGCCAUUCGCGCUUUGGAAGAGGCCAUCCGCGUCGACGAAGGCAACCUGGAGGCUUACAUGGCUCUUGCUAUCUCCUACAUCAACGAAGGCUACGAUCUCGCUGCCCAUUCGACGCUCCAGCGCUACAUCAAUCGGGCGUAUCCGCAUCUCAAAGCUGAUAUUCCAGAUGUUCUUCAGUCGUCCAGCGACCCUCUCGAGCCAGGCUCAUCCACCAAUCCUUGGGCCACACUCAACGCAGUCACCUCCCUCUUCCUCGCAGCCGCAAGGGAGAAUGCCUCUCGCGGCAUGGUAGAUCCAGAGGUACAGGUCGGUCUCGGCGUUCUCUUCUAUGCAGACUCUUCUUAUGAGAAGGCAGAAGACUGUUUCCGCUCUGCCCUCGAGGUACGUCCCAAUGAUUUCCUCCUGUGGAACAGGCUAGGAGCCACCCUAGCUAACGGAGGCAAGCCAGAAGAAGCCAUCGAGGCCUAUCACAAGGCCCUCGAGUCUAGACCUACAUUCACUAGGGCUAUCUACAAUCUCAGCGUCAGUUGUCUGAAUUUGGGUGCUCAUCACGAAGCGGCAGAGCACCUCUUGAGCGCACUCAGCUUACAGCAGACACAGCAGUUGCCCGAUGUCCCACCUGGUGAGACAGCCCCGACUGCGCCUCUUGCUGAAGCUCAGGAGAGCCAUGGGCUCUGGAGUACAUUGAGGAGGAUUUUCCUUGCAAUGGAUCGCAUGGACUUGGCCAGCAAGGCUCAUGUCGGAAGUCAGCUCGAUGAUUUCCGUGGCGAGUUUGACUUUUAGAGAGAGGCAAGGACGAUUGCAGGAGGAGGAGGAAAAGUCUGGAAAAGAGGUAGAUUCGUUGGCAGAGGAUGGAUAGUUGUCAGGGCAUGGUCAGCUGCACAUAUAGUCGAUAUUAUCAAGCAAACAUGCCAUUAUAGCCAUUCGUGUCAGAACAAGUGAAUUGGGUAUCGGAAGAAGUGUCAUGAUCGUAUACAAUCGCAUGCCAGUCUCGCCC